AUGUCCGACCUGGCGGCUCCCGCAGGGCUUGAUCCCAAGCUCGUACGCAGGCUCACGACGUUGAAGACGACGAUUGAUGGCUUCAUCCGGCAGCUUGAGGCGGUCGUUCAGGGCACCAAGACCGCCCGACUGACGUCGUGGGACAACAUCCUCGAACGAUACGGCAGCAUCAUGUGGGCUUUGAGGACGACCAUAGGGCGCAUCGAGGAGCAGGCGGCCGGUACCUCGGUGCUGUCCUCGCAGGGGCUGUCGCUCGCGAACAUCGCGGUGUUUCCGGGCGAGGUGAACACCAACAACCGGGAGGCGCUCCCAAUGCUCACGUGCUCGCAAACGGCGCCGACGCUGCGCCAGAGGGACGAGGCGGAUCUCGCCGUGGUGGAAUCCCUGGGCCUGCCCGAGAACCCUGUGGAGGCGUUGGACGCGAUUCGCGAGGACAUGCGGCUGCUCGGGCGCGCGGUCGACCACGUGGUCUCGCACGAGGCGCAUCAUCCGCGCAUCCACCAGGGCGUGCUCUUCCUGCCGACGUACCAGAAGCAGACGGCGUCGCUGGUGGUGCCAACGCGGGCGAGUGGGGCGAGGGCGAACGGUCACGUGGGCAGCCUGUUGGAGGAGGUCCUCACCUUUGACAUCACAGCACGAGAUCAGUGA